UCCUACACCCAUCGAUUCCUCUAGACAAAACCAACAACUACGCAAUGCGUUUAAGAGAAAUCGUUAGACAAAGCGAGAACAAACCCAUCGACACAAGCAAAACCUCAGACACAAUGAGAACACUAUGCAACGUAAUCGUGUCUUUAGCUUGGCGCAGCACUAAUGGAAACCCAUCCGAUGUUUGUCACUGGGCUGAUGGUUUCCCUCUCAGCAUUCAUCUUUACGUAGCAUUAUUGCAGUCGAUAUUCGAUGUAAGGGAUGAGACAUUGGUGCUAGAUGAAAUCGAUGAGAUGCUAGAACUAAUGAAGAAAACUUGGUCAACACUAGGGAUCACAAGACCAGUGCAUAAUCUAUGUUUCACUUGGGUUUUGUUUCAUCAAUACGUAGUAACGUCACAAAUGGAACCUGACUUGCUAGGCGCAUCACACGCUAUGCUGGCUGAAGUUGCUAAUGACGCAAAGAAACUUGACCGCGAAGCUCUCUAUGUAAAACUACUGACCUCAGUAUUAGCCUCUAUGCAAGGAUGGACCGAGAAAAGAUUGUUAAGCUACCAUGACUAUUUCCAAAGAGGCAAUGUGGGGUUGAUAGAGAAUCUUCUCCCAUUAGCGUUAUCAUCAUCAAAAAUCUUGGGAGAGGAUGUGACAAUCUCUCAAGGGAAAGGCGACGUUAAAUUAAUUGAUUAUUCAGGAGACCGUGUGGAUUAUUACAUAAGAGCGUCUAUUAAAACCGCAUUUUCUAAGGUGAUAGAGAACACAAAGGCUAAAAUCUUAGCUACAGAGGAAGGAGAAGAAGCGGCUGCAACACUACUACAUCUAGCUAAGGAAACAGAGGAGUUAGCGUUACGAGAACGUGAAUGUUUCAGUCCAAUACUCAAGAGAUGGCACUCAGUUGCUGCUGGUGUUGCCUCGGUGUCGCUUCACCAAUGCUAUGGUUCGAUUUUGAUGCAGUAUCUGGCAGGAAGAUCGUUUAUCUCGACUCUCGAGAGAUACUGUUGA